AUGGCGGGCCAAGAUACCUCAAUGGAGGAGAUCCUCUGGCGGUCUCCCCCGCACGUACAGAUGAUGGGAGGAUACCUCCAUUCAAACAAUAUUUUAUUCUACUUUGCUGAAUCCCCCUUUUUUGAUCCGACCUCUAACAACGCCUCGCUCGCCAUCCAAGCAAACUAUAACGAUGCAUUCCGUCAUUUCGUCGAGACACGCGAAGCUUUCGAAGCUCGACUGAAGACAAUGCAAGGUCUCGAGUUCGUCGUCUCAUAUGACCCCCUCCAAGCAACCGCGCAAACGAACGGCCAAUUUGCCCACGAACCCUCCAACGUCUGGGUAAUCCGCAAGCAAAACAGACGGAAAAGAUCCGGCCUAGACGAUGAAGUGAUUGUGAUCUCCACUUACUUCAUCGUCGGCGACUGCAUCUACAUGGCCCCGUCAGUUGCCAGCGUCCUCUCAGCCGUAACCUCUUUAUCACAGCUCAUGAAAACAGCCUCGACACUCCCAACUUUCACAUCCGCCUACGGACACACGUACAUGCCACCCGGAGCCCGCAGCAAAGAAACACCCCAAUCCCAAUCCCAGCAAAGCAAAGAAGCAACGCCAAUGCCGGAAACCCUCCCAGACUCGCAAUCCACAAAAAACCUAGGCGCGUCAAAUACAUCCAACUACCAAGAUACGCGCAAUCUUGCUGAGUCAUUCAAUCUGCUCACGCGGUAUGGCGACGAAUUCAUGGACGAAAAUCCGCUGGUCGGUGAACCGGGCUCAUUCAUUCUAUCCCGGGCUGGUGACACAGGGAAACCGGCGCCAAAGUUCCCUGCCCCUGCUGCGGGUAGUACGCCUUUACCAAUAGUGUCGACGCCACAGGUCAGGGUUGAGACACCUGGCAGGUCGGAGAAGAGUCCACCGCCUAGUGGGGGAUUGGAUAAGGGGAAGAAGAAGAAGCGUGUUGUCAGUUGA